AUGUCGACGCGUCUUUUCGAACCUCUACGCAUCGGCAACAUCACCCUAAGCCACCGAGUGGUGAUGGCACCGCUAACCCGACUCCGCGCCGACGAACACCAUGUCCCCCUCCCAAUGUCCACAAACUACUAUGAACAGCGCGCCUCAGUCCCCGGGACCCUACUCAUAGCCGAAGCAACUCUCAUCUCCGCAGCAGCAGGAGGCGUCCCCCACGCGCCGGGUCUGUUCACGGAAUCGCAGAUCCAGGCAUGGAAGAAAAUCACCGACGCCGUGCAUGCUAAAGGGAGUUAUAUCUUCUGCCAAUUAAUUGCUCUAGGCCGUGCAGCAGACCCAUCAACUCUUAGGAAGGAAGGCGGGUUCGAAGUCUCUGCCCCUAGUUCCAUUCCCAUGGAGAAUGGGGGAGCAGUUCCCCAUGCCCUGACCGAGGACGAGAUCCAUGGGUUCAUUCGGGACUUUGCAACCGCCGCUAAGAAUGCAAUUGCGGCGGGAUUCGACGGCGUCGAAGUCCACGGUGCUAAUGGGUAUCUGGUGGAUCAAUUCCUCCAGGAUGUCAGUAACCAGCGGACGGACCAGUGGGGCGGGAGUAUUGAGAGUCGGGCCCGGUUCGGGGUGGAAGUUGCCAAGGCGCUCGUUGAGGCCGUUGGUGCGGAACGCGUGGGAUUUAGAAUUAGUCCCUGGAAUACGUGGCAGGGGAUGAAGAUGGCGGAUCCGGUGCCUCAGUUCUCGUAUCUGGUUCGGCGGUUGAGGGAUCUUGGAUUGGCGUAUUUGCAUGUUAUUGAGUCGCGGGUCAUCAACAAUGUGGAUUGUGAGAAGAAGGAGGGCAUUGAGCCGUUCCUUGAUAUCUGGGGUCCGACUACUCCCGUGCUGGUUGCUGGGGGCUAUACGCCCGAGAAUGUGCGCCAGGCCAUUGAGGAUGAGUAUAGGGAUUAUAAUGUUGCUGUUGUCUUUGGGAGGCAUUUUUUGGCUAAUCCGGACUUGCCUUUUCGGUUGCAGCGUGGCAUCCCCUUGCAGAAGUAUGAUCGAGAUACGUUUUAUACGCCGAUGCAGUGUCAUGGGUAUGCGGAUUAUCCUUUUAGUUCGGAGUUUCAGGCACGUUUGAAGAAUUAG